AUGCAGAAGAGAGGAGAAAGAAAAGCAGUGAGUGGGAGCGAGCGAGCGACAGAGAGAGAGACUCCCAAGUCAGGGCAAGCGAGAGGAAGCGGAGAAAGAAAAGCGAAAGCUGCGAUUUUCGCCUUUCUCCCUUGAGUCUUUUGGAGAUUUGGAUACCGUGAACCCCUUCGCUGGACUAAACCAGUCGGAAUCUGUAGUUCUUGGUGGUCUUGGAUGGAAAUCCGGCAAAUUUUAGCCGAAAUCUGGUCGGGAGAUCGCUUUGCAGGUGAAAGUUGUGAGGCGAUGUUAUUGAUGGGUUUAUGUGAUUGAUUUGAUGAGAAGAGAUAAGAAGAGAUGGACAGGAACAGAGAAGUUAGAAGAGGAAGUAUGGCGGCUGCGAACGGAUUGUCGAGACGGCGACAUAGAAGUAGCAGCUUGAGAGAUUCACCUGAGGAAGAUUUACCGAUAGAGUCUCAGGACUCGGCGAGGUUGCGAGAUCGAGGGAACAAGAAAGAUCGAGAUCGGGAUCGCUCGAGUCGAAACAAGCGAAGGAGAGGGGAUAGAUUGAUGCAUGGAAGUAACAGAGAGGAAGGAGGAGAGGAUAGCACGGAAGAAAGUAUGGAUGAAGAAGAGGAAGAUGAGGACGAAGAUUCUGGUGUGCCUCUUCCACGGAAGUCUUAUCCAUCAUCGUCUUCUUCUUUAUCGAAUCAUCUUCUCCAACAGAAGUGUUAUCCACCAACGAAGGUUGUUAGGACAGCCCCAACGUGGAAGGUCGCCGAUGAAAUGAUCGGAGUCUCAGUUCCAAGAAAAGCUCGAUCAGCCUCCACUAAAAGGUCGCACGAAUGUUGGGUGUCAGGUAGUCUUGCCAGUGGAGGCGGGGCGGAGCAGAUUCACCGGCAAGCUUCUACUUCGCCGGCGCGGCUGAAUGCCACAGCACCAUCACCAGCUCCGAUCUCGCCGUCUUCAUCCAAUGUUUCCGUCCGGAAGAAGAUGAAACCUAUAGGACCCAAGCAGCGGCCACCGAAGAUGUCUAAGCCCUCUUCAUCAGUUCAAGAGGACAUUGAAAUCGAAGUCGCUGAGGUUCUUUACGGAUUGAUGAGGCAAUCGCAGUGCUCUCCCAAGAAAGAAGUUCUUGCAAAUACAUCGCAGAAGUUUGAUUCGAAAGAUACUAACGGAUCCAGUAAUGAGGUGAGGUCGAGAGUUUCGUCCCCUGUCUCAAUCUCACCUCCGGCUUCGGCACAUCAGCCGUCAGUGUUGCCUCAGAAUUCUAUUGCUUCGACCUCUUCGUUGCCAGUUGUGGCACCAAAGAGGAAGAAACCUCGACCUGUAAAGCCAGAGGAAGAGAGUCCUGCAAUCGUCGCUGGUCGAAACGGUUCUACCUCGUCUGCUGCAGCUAAGGUGGAGAAUGAACAGCCUGCUAAAUUGGAAGCUUCUUCACCGAAAUCAGAGAAGAACCCGGGAUCUGCCAGCCAGAAUGCUGGGGCCUCUGUUGAUUUGGGUUCUCAACCCGCUGCAGCUGUGUCUUCAUUGGAGCCGCCUCAAUCGGAACCUUUGAAAGCGGAAAGCAAUACGGCAUCUGAUCCGAAGCCGUUUACUGAAGAAUCAGAGACUCGGGAUGUGGUUCCGACCCUGGAGAAAGUCCCGUCGCCGAAAAAUGAGUCGCCUCCUUGCACGAAAUUGGACGUCGAUCUUGAGGACGCCAUAGCCACGAAAACGAUCUCAACGGCGUCAGAUGUUGAAUACAAGCGGGAGGAGAAAUUUAAGAUCGAUCUGAUGGCUCCGCCUCUGAAAUCAUCUCCGGAAAGGGAUGGCGAUAUGGUUUACAUAUCGGAUCCUAAUUCUAUGACUCUGAACAUCGAAAUGGUUGCCAAGGAAGAAACUCAAGUGCCGGCCGAGGAGAAGACGGAGCAAAUUGCUAAGCAGGACGCAGUAGAGGGUCGAUCUGAAGAGAAGAAUAAGGAGCAAUUUGUGAAAGAGUCUGAAUCUGAGAAGCCGCUUGCUAAUACGGAGAGGAUCCUGAACCUUCAGCUUGAUUUGGAGAAGCCGCAAAAGGAUAUUGGCUUGGGCAGUGUCAGUGGAAGCAAACAACAGCAGCCACAACUUUCGCAAGUCCAGAAACAGCAGCUGCAACAACCCAAAGCUACUACUAGGAACGACCCGAAAAUAGAGAAAACUGCCCAAUCAACGUCUUUGCCUCUGCCGAUGACUCUAGCAGGUUGGCCAGGGGGCCUUCCUUCUCUUGGAUAUAUGCCACCUCUUCAAGCAGUCGUCUCCAUGGAUGGGAGCACCGGGUCAUCCACGGCCGUACAGCCGCCCAAUUUUCAUCCCUCUCAACCGCGACCGAAAAGGUGCGCGACCCAUUACUAUAUUGCUAGGAACAUAUACUAUCACCAGCAGUAUACGAGGAUGAAUUCAUUCUGGCCUGCAGCCGCUGGUUCUGCAUCUAUGUAUGGGGCCAAGCCAUACAAUCUUAACGUUGUGCCUCCAACAGAAAGCACGAUUCUUGGAAAUCCAUUGCAAGGAAACUUUGCGGGUAGGAGUCUGAACUCGGUGCAGGAAAAAGUCCAGGCUUCAAGCACCAUUUUGGGUCAUAACGCCAAAGAUAAAAGCUCUGUCCCGGCAGCUGCCAACUUCAUGGAUGCUACACAGAGAAAGCAGCUUGUGCUUCAUCAGCAGGUUCCUCAGCCAGCCGCAGCUGGUAAUUUAUUGCAUGCCCCUGCCUUCAUUUUCCCUCUGAGUCAGCAGCAGCAGCAGCAGGCAGCAGCAGUAGCAGCUGCAGCCUCUCGAUCUGCGGCCGUGAAGUCUGUUGUGGCCACGGGCAAUGCAGCUUUGCCUAGUGCAGCUAAUUCUGGCCCGGUAGCUCCAGCAAAUUCUUCAUCUACAGCAGCAGGAACGGCUACAACUGUGAGCUUCAAUUUUCCAAAUGUGCCUCCCAAUGAAGCUCCGUAUUUGGCGAUAUUGCAGAACAACGGUUAUCCAUUCCCUAUUCCUGCUCAUGUGGGAGCGCCACCAUCUUAUAGAGGAAGCCCGGCUCAGGCAAUGUCUUUCUUCAAUGGGUCUUUAUAUUCUUCCCAGAUGAUUCAUCCAUCACAGCUUCAACAACAGCAGGCACAGCAAAUGCAAGUACAUUCUCAGCCCCAACCGGUCCAACAGGGUAACCAGAACACAAGCACAUCAAGUGGAUCCUCUUCAUCGCAGAAGCAUCAGCAAGCUCAGCAGCAGCAGCGGUUGCAAGGUGGUGGCAGCAAUGCUGGGGGUGGAAACUCAAAAAACUUCCCUGCCUCGAAGAAUCGGCUGACAAUGCAACAGCAACAGAAUCAUCCUAUCCCUGCUUCCAACCAAUCUCGUCAACAUGAGGCUGAAGUGGGUGGAGAAGAUAGUCCGUCGACUGCGGAUAGUCGAAUUUCACAUGGUAGGAAGAGUAUCUACGGGCAGAACUUUGCAGUGCCAAUUCAUCCGCAGAACUAUGCUUUGAUGUCCCCGGCUGCAUUGGCAAGUGGCGGAAGUGGAAAUCAUAGUGAGAAACAGCAGCAACAGCAGAGUGCGAAGGGUGGAGUGGAUCUCCUCCCAUCUCAAGCAUUUGCUAUGUCAUUUGCCUCUUUCAAUGGUGCUGCUACAGCGCCGGGCCUCAACUUCUCGUCCUUGGCUCAGAGUCAUCCAAUUUUCCAGACCCUUCCAGACGCUAGGCACGGUUACCACCAGUUUGCUGCAGCUCAGGUAGCCCAGCAGAAGAAGAACCAUCAUAUUACUGAGGAAGGGAAGACUGGUGGUGAUUCAAUUAAUGUAGAGGAUGAAAGAAAGCGAACAGCAGGAAAGGCCUCGGCAGGUGUGGGGCAGUCUCUUGCCUUCUCUAGACCAGAUUCAAGUGACCCAUCUGUCUCCACGGUUCUGGGCAAUUCUGUUAUCGAUAGUUCUGCUCGGGCUCUCAAUCUCAUUUCGGCUCCCAUCAAUGGCAACCGAGCUACUCGUCCAACCACCUCGACUUCUACAACCACUACUGCUGCCCCGGAACAACAGCAACAGCAACAGUUGCAGCAACAACAACAACAGCAACAGCAACAGCAACAGAUGCAGCAGCAGCAGCAGCAGAUGCAGCAACAGCAACAGCAGCAGAUGCAACAGCAACAGAUGCAGCAGAUGGCAGCAGCUGCAGCAGCUGCAGUGUCUCGUAGUAAAACACCAACAUCCAGCAAUGUCUGUGUCUACGCUGAUCGCAUGCCUUCAUCUUCCAUGGCAGCUAAGUUCCCUAAUGCACUUUCCGUUUUCCCUCAAGCCCUUGGCAGCAGCCCAGCGCAGUCACCCCAAUGGAAGAAUUCAGCCAGGACAACGGGCUCCCAAGUUCCUUCUUCGCUGGCCUCAACUUCCACAUCCUCCUUGAAGAACCUUCCUCAACAGCAGAGUAGGACACAACCAGGCCAGAAGCAUAUAUCAUUUGGGGUGAACCCAAAACCGGCAACAGCACCUCAGUUGCAACAAAUUCCCAUGAACCACAACCAGUCUGUAUCCCCACCUGUUGUGGUGGGUUCACCACCAUCAUCAUCGAUCUCCUCCAAGGGUGCAGGGGGAAGCCCCAGGACGAGUUCAGCCGGUGGUGGUAAGGCCGGAUCAUCUCCUGCGCUACCAUCCCAACAGCUCAAGAACUCUCCAUCUGGGCCUAGUAGGAAGUCCUCUCCCGUGGGUGGAAGGAAUGUGCCAUCUAUUCUUAGCAAUCCUCACAUUGGCACUGCCCUGAGUUCCGGUGGGAAGUCCCAGCCCCAGUCCCAGUCCCAGUCCCAGACGCAAUUGCAGCAGCAGCAGAAGCAGGCUUUGCAGCAGCCCCAAAUAUUUUUCACCAAUGCCUAUAUGCAGGCUCCGUCACCCCAGUCGACUAACACCACAACUGCAAUCACCUCCACCAAUUCAGCCACGACUGGAUAUUAUCAACAAAGACGGCAGAGCGAUCAACAGCAAGGGGUCUCAACUACAUCUUCUAGUGGUAUGCUGUCAUUGUGUCCUCCACUUACUUUGGUCGGUGGGAGCACCUCGGAUCCUGCCAAAGCAGUUGCGGCAGCGGCUAACAGUAUCAAAGGAGGGAUGCCGUUGCAUCCGCCCCAUUUUGCAGCGCAGACAGCGGGGAACUCACAUCAGCUAAUGUCUGUGGCCUUCCCUUACAUGCAUACCGUGCCCACCACCGUCUCUGUGAAACCGGCUGAACAGAAGCAACCAGCUGGAAAUGACAAUUUGCAUGCCUGCUGGCAGCCUGAGAAAGAGAUGAAGAAGAGAUGAGGGAGAUAUCUGCUGGCAGAAAGAUACAAAUCCAAAA